AUGGCCACAAUGUCGGACACUUUGAGCCCUAACGUUUCGGCCACCGAAGAAGAACAUGCGCGGCGGCGAUCUGUAUUCUAUGUGCCAUUGUUUGAAAGUUUCGACAAUUACCUGCCUCUCACACCUGAGGAAAAGGAAGCUCUAAUAUGCGGACAAAACAUAGAUGAAGUUCCUGUAAAACCUAAGAGAAGGAACGUGUCUGAAAGAUUGCAUAUCUCAUCGCGUGGAGAUUCCUCGAUGACGGAGAGUGAAGGUGAAGUAAACACAUUUAGCCCUCAGCGACGACUUCGACGGCCUCUUUCGUCAACAAUUAGCUCUAACGAGGCAUUGGCAAGGAUCGGCCAAAGAGACGUGACAAGCCCCAGAGUAAUUGCCGAAAGUAGUCCUCCACGAUACUCAAAACCGAGGCUACGGAGCACAACUUCAUGUGAACCUCGUUAUGACAGAGUAUUUUCGCCCCUCGGGGGAUCAAUUUCUACGCACAAAUUAAAUAAUUCAACUUCCAGCAUCGGUAAUAAGUUAUCGUCAAAAAGCCCAAUACGUAAUUCUAAUUUAUCAUUAAUACCUGACUCUCCAAACAUGCUCUCACCGAACAAAGAAAAAUCAAAAACAUUGCCGCAGCAUCUUAACACUCCGUCGCCUAUUCGAGGAAGCAGCAGUUCAACUUCGAUAUUUAAGACGCCGAGAAUAACUGUCACGCCGGAUAGUCCAAAUAAGAGUCCGGGGAAAAUAUCUGGACUUAAUUUCAUUCGUCGAUCUCGAAGCACAAAGCUGUCUAGAAGUAACUCUUUGUUGCGUAGCAUAACUGCAAGACACAUCGAAGAGGGUUUAGAAGAUAAUAUAGCAGUAGUUACGGAUCUUACUGAGGAUUAUGAUCAGUUUGUGGAUGAUAAUGGUGGACAGACUGAAGUUAUAGGAGCUUUGAUAAAGAAGAAUGAGGCGCAGGUCGCAAACAGCCCUUUAAGCCUUCGGCGGGGAUACCUGGAUGUUGAUGACGAAGUCGCUGUACAUUCAGAUACAUCUUACGAAAAAGCAUGUCGGCGAGGUUCCGCACCGAGUACGCCGGUGCCGGGUGCGCAAGCCCAGCACAGCCCUUCAAGACUUGCCUCUUUCUUCUUCUCGAAGCGCUCAUUCAGGAGCAAUCCGCUCAAAAGGACCAAGUCUGCUACAAAAUUGGAGAGGGAACGAGCACUGGCUGCCGUUCCCACUCACCCUCCAACACACGCCUUGCGGACGUCAAGAUCUCAUGAAAGCCUUCUAUCAGCACACUCGCCAGCCGUAUCUACAAUGGAUUUGGGACCACCUAAUCAAGUAGAAAUCCGCGCUUUGCAUUCGUCAGUACUAGGGCGACCGCACUGUUUCGCGCUGAGCGCAGAGAACAGGGCGCCGCGAUACUUUGCCUGCGCCUCGAGGAAAGAACGUGACCGAUGGAUAUACAGUUUAAGGCAAGCGGCGAGACCGGACGAAAUGCGCACUCGGCGAUGUGAACGCACCGUCAAACUGUGGCUACUCGAGGCGAAGGCUAUACCGCCAAAGAAAAGAUACUACUGUGAAAUACUACUGGACGAUACGCUUUAUGCAAGAUCUUCGUCAAAGUUAAAAACGGAGCUGUGCUUCUGGGGCGAGGUGUACGAGUUCGGCGCGCUGCCGGCCGUGCGCAACAUACACGUGAACGUGUACCGCGAGCCCGAGCGACGCGCGCGCAAGCGGGACAAGCACGCUCUCGUCGGGUCGGUUCGUAUCCCGGUGGACGACGUGUCGUCGCGCUACCUGAACGAGCGCUGGUACCCGCUGAGCGAGGACAAGCCGCAGUCGCCGGCGGCCGCGCUGCGCAUCAAGUGCCGCUACCAGUGCGUGGACGUGCUGCCGCUCGACUGCUAUGCGCGCUUCCUCGACUACCUCAAGCGCAACUACCGCCGCCUCUGCGAGUACCUCGAGCCCGUCAUCGGCGUGAAGGCGAAGGAGGACAUCGGGUGCGCGCUGGUGCUGUGCAUGGCGGGCGCGGGGCUGGCGCCGCGCUACCUGGCCGACGUGGUGGCGCUCGACGUGCGCCGCACCGGCGACCACUCGCUCACCUUCCGCGGCAACUCGCUCGCCACCAAGAGCAUGGAGGCCUACCUCAAGCUCGUCGGCGACCAAUACCUGCAGGAGACGCUGGGCGAGGCGGUGUGGUGGGCGGCGGGGCCGGUCGCGGAGUGCGAGGUGGACCCGCUGCGCGCGGGCGGCGGCGCGGCGCUGCGGCGCCAGCAGGCCGCGCUGCGCGACGCCGUGGCGCGCGCCUGGCGCAGCAUCGCCGCCUCCGCGCCGCACUUCCCGCCGCCGCUGCGCGACUGCUUCGCCACCUUCCGCGAGCGAUUAGCGUCGAUGGGCCGAGAAGACAUUUCAGACAACUUAAUCAGCGCAUCCAUUUUCCUUCGGUUUCUCUGUCCAGCCAUCCUCUCUCCGAGCCUCUUUGGAAUAACUCACGAAUACCCUAAUGAGCGAGCGGCACGUAAUCUCACAUUGAUGGCGAAGACACUGCAAACAUUGGCAAAUUUCACACGUUUUCAAGGCAAGGAGGCGUUCAUGGAAUUCCUUAACGAUUUUCUCGAACAGGAGGCACCCAACAUGAAGGCGUUCCUUAGGGCUAUAUCAACGCGACCUCAAGAGCAGCAACCGUGUCAACAGCAGGAGGGCAACAAGCGGGACUCGGCGGCGUCGCAGGGCUCCGUCGGUGGCUCGGAGGGCUCGCGGGGCUCCGGCGGGGCGGGCGCGGGCGCGGGGGGCGCGGGCGCUGCAGGCGGCGCCGCCGGGGUGGAGCCCGACCCCGAGUGGGCGCCGCACGUCGACCUCGGCAAGCAGCUGGCAACACUGCACGGCCUGCUCGUCGACAGUCUGCCGAAGCUGCCGCCUGCGAGGAUACAGGAACUAGAACCACUAUCAGACAUUCUCGACGAACUUAGCAAGAGGUUAGCGAGUAACGACAACGGACCCAUGGCGCCGGUAUCUGACAACAUCUUUAGGUUUAACGACCCCACAUGCACUACGCCCACGAAAGAAAACAACGUGGACACUCCAACAAACGGACAACUAAGUGGCAACUUCGCUCACAGUUCGCCCAUCAUGAACAAAAACGGCGUUCAAUUCAAUAUCAGCCCAUCGAAAUCUAAUGCCGAGGAGUCUAAAUACAAAGGGUCUUAUACCGCCGUUUCCAAAUCACCCAGUUUCAACUUGCGCUCAGCCACCUUGCCUAGGAACGGCUACGGCUCGAAUCCAGCCAAUCAAAAUGUGAACCCCGACAGAUACAGCUCUCAGUACAACAACCAAGAGCACUGCGUCAACCUGAAGGUCGUACAAAUUGGCUUCGGCUCGGACCAGUACCCUAAGGGCAUCAGCAACGGCUUAAACGAAAGCUUAGAGAGACGUUUCCAAGAGAGAUACAAACCGAACAAUUACAAUCAACAGCAAAGCCACUUUCAUAACACCAACUACAACACCGAAAGAUCUCCCAGCGGUGACAGCAUCAAUCAAAAUUAUAAAAACGAUAUGCAAAACAUCAUGAAAGAGACGGCCACACUGGAAGAGUUAUCGGAUCUGUUAAAAUACGCAGAUGAUUCAGAUAUUGUGGACGAUAAGCUAAACAAUAAAAAAAUGAUACAAUCAAAAGCCAACAAUAACAACAAUAACAACAACAACAACAAUAACAGCAAUGGUAUCAUCAAUGGAAACAAGACCAACUACACUAAUAAUGGUUCAAACGUCUCCAUCAGCGGCUUGUCGAAUGUGGCUAGCUCCGGGUACCAGAGUAUCGCCACGUACAGCCAAAGCUCUAGUCCCAUCGAAAAUACGACGCAUCACCACCAGCCUUACGAAAAUGGCGGCCAACCAAUGAGCCGGUACUCGCAGCUGAAUUACCAAAAACAAAGGGAGAAGCAGUAUUACGAGAGCAAAAAUGACAAGUUCUAUCCAAAGAGCCCAGUGCAACAGAAAAUCGAAUACGACAUACAGAAAUACGGAAUACAAAACUUCACGACGGCCGACAACGCGCAAACAAAUACCAAUGUGAACUCCAAGAUAGCGCCGUUGGUGUUCACGAAUCCGGUUUACAACAUGGAGGACAACCGGCACGCGCAGGAGAAGAACACAAACAAUGAGAACAGGAACACUAAACGGUGUCCUUGUGGCUCAUCCAGUUCAUCGAUCGAUGAGGAGGGCUUGAGCACGGACAACGUGGAAACAAACUCGGAAGAGGGUUCUACCAACUUCAACGACGAUGGUAGAAACUUCGAACAACAGAACCGCAACAAUACCCACCGAAAACUCACCAGAGAUAAUAGCAACUACGAAGACUUGUACCAGAGAAGUAACCAUAGCCAUUCCCCUAGGAUAAAAGACGACGAGUCGUCCAGCAAUUCGCCCAGUUUACGGAAGAGCAGCAAAACCAGAAUGCCGAGAACUAAUCCUAUGCUCUCAUACUCCACGAAUCAGAACCAGCUGAAUUUGAAGCACUUUGGUCAGAGAGGAGAGUCGAUGUACGAAAGCAAGCCUCACCACAUAUCAACCGACUCUGGCUAUCCUAUGAGCCGGUCAGACUCCAACGUCGAAGAAGUGAACAAGGAAAUGUACAGGCUGCAGAUAUCGAGGAGUCAAAAGGCGUUAUAUAACAUGGAAAACUCCAAAAAUUCCCCUGAAAAGUUUACAAUGACCGAAAACACCAUACCAGAGACGAAUUAUCCUUUAGAUAGAGUAUAUUCAGGGACCAAGGUCUCAAGCAGUAGGUUGAAUGAGGACUUAGAGAGGCAUCAGGAUUAUUACGGGAUGAGAGGAGAAAGAAGGGAAUCGCCCAAUCGAACGGCAUUUGGGAGGGAAUCACAGUCUAGUGAGGCCAGUGAACGGAUUAACGCACGGGAAGUCCGGACGGAACGCGAAAUGCCCGGGAGAGACAAGUUACAGAGGCGGCUCAGUCUAGAGUCUGCCCGGGAUCUCACCGACAGUUCGGACGAAGUGGAUGAAACACUCUACAGCACAACGGGAAGACGGCGCACCUCUAAACACCAUAGAACAAUUGAACAGUAUGAACGUGAAAUUGAAAGGCUAAAAUGUUCCGUGGAAUUGCUGCGAGGUCGCCUGGGACCAGCUGAACCUGGACAGGAUCAUACGGAUGCCAAAAUGAAGGCGAUUAUAUCCAGGUUAAUUUGCGUGGAAGAGGAACUGAGGCGGGAGCAGCGCAAGAUGGCGGCGGCGCUGUCGCACAAGCAGCGCGUGAUCGAGGCGCAGGAGCACCGCAUCGCGGCGCUCGACGAGGCCAACACGCGCCUGCUGUCCGCGCUCGUGCACCUGCAGCAGCGCGCGCCGCACCCGCCGCACCCCGCGCACCCGCCCACACACUCACACCACGAGCUGCAGAUAUAA